AUGGUGAUGAGUAGAAGCAACAUAGAGAAAUCAUUCAGAAUCAAACAUGAAGACGGCGACAACAACAACAACAACAAGUUCUUAUCAAAGCUUCUUUCAAAAGAAAACUCCAAAGCUUGUGCUUCUAUUCCUUCUUUUAGAGUUUACUAUAAUGAUGUUCCAAGUUCUAUUCCUUUCACUUGGGAAUUACAACCUGGUACUCCUAAACAUACAUUUCCUCAAACAUCUUUACCUCCUCUUACACCUCCUCCUUCUUACUACUCCAACACUAAUAAUAACAACAACAAAAAACCUACUAAAAAUAACUCUAGAUCCAAGAUAUUUCAUGCUUUAAUCAUGAAGUUUAAUCACAAAAAAUCUCCGUUACCUUCAUCUCCUUCAUAUUCAUCUUCAUCUACUUUAUCAUGGUCAUCCUCUUCACAAUAUUCAUCAAUCUCUGCACCAACAACUCCUUUACAGCGGCAUCAUUUUUGUAGCCAAGCGUCAUCUUUUGAUGAUUAUAUAACGCCAGCAUCGAAAUUAUGUCAUGGUAAUAACAAAUCUAGUGGAAAUUCUGUAUUUAUGCUGAAAAAAGCCUUGUUUUCCAUUGUUGGUGGACGUAGAUCUAACUAA